AUGGACGCCAGCGCCAGCGCCACCGCGUCGCCAGAGCCAGACACUGCGGCGCGUCGACGAUCUGGACGCGUCGUUAAAGCACCCACGAAAUACGCGCCGGAGCCGACAGCGUCAGCGUCGAAGCGUAAACGGAAUGAUGACGAGGGAGACGAAGGGGCAGAGAAUGGAGAGGUUGAGUCGGACGAGGAGAUGAGCGAUGCCGCCAGUGACGCUGCCAGUGACGAGGACCAUGCUGCGCCGAAGCCGCGAAAGCCGUCGCAAACCACUCGCGCAAAGAAACCAAGCAUCAAGAAGCCCAAAAUCAACGGCGCGCGACCUGCCGUGUCGGGAACUAUUGCGCGCAUUCCCAGCAGGCCCAAGAAGACUGUCCGCAUCGAUCCAGGAGAGAAAGGAACUGGACUAUAUGCGGAUAUCUUUGCGUCCGGUGACUCUGCCCAGUUUGUUGCUCAACAAUGGCUGGAAAAGUACAAACUUGGCGAUGCGGAUGCCUUGGGCGAUCUCAUUAACUGCAUCUUGCGAUGCGCUGGCUGCGACCUAGAAGUAACGAUUGACGACAUCCGUGAUCCGGAGAAUAUUCCCAACCGACUACUAGAUUUGCAGAGUGUUUACCAAGAGCAACAAAUCGUCGAUUACCCGCUGAUUGCCCGGUCCAAGACCACACGGUCGUUUCGAGACUUGCUCAUCUCAUUCGUCCAUGCUCUUAUUUCUUUACUGCACGAAACCGACGUCAUGUACAAGGAUGUCGAUCUUGUCGAUAACCUCCAUGCUUGGCUGGCUAGCAUGUCGUCUUCGCCGCUGCGCCCUUUCCGUCACACAGCGACUACCAUUUCUUUGGCAGUGCAAUCCACUCUCGUUGAAGUCGCCAGCAUCCUCGAUCGACGCAUUGCAAACAUUGAGCAGCAGUCACAGGCUGCGAAAAAGAGCAAAAACAAAAGCAAGACCGACGAAAUCCAGCGUAGCUUAGCCGAAGCAAACAACAAUAGGAAGAUCUGCAACGACUCUAUUCAGUCCUUCUUCGACACUGUUUUCGUUCAUCGAUACCGCGAUAUCGAUCCGAGGAUUCGAGUUGAGUGUGUUGAGGCACUCGGAAAUUGGAUUUGGGAUCUGCCAACAGUCUUCUUAGAGCCUGGCUACCUGCGCUAUCUGGGCUGGAUGCUGUCUGAUACUAAUGCUGGUACGCGACAAGAGGUUUUGAAGCAGCUGGGAAGGCUUUUCAAACGCGACGCACAACAGCUAGGUCACUUUAUUGACCGAUUCCGCCCUCGGUUGAUCGAAAUGGCAACGGGCGACGCCGACGUCUCUGUUAGAGUCACUGCCAUUACUGUUAUCGACUCGCUGCGAGCCGCUGCCAUUCUUGAGCCUAACGAGAUCGAUGCCAUUGGGAGACUCGUCUUUGAUAGUGAAAUCAGGGUUCGGAAAGCCGUUGUUGGAUUUUUCGUUGCCUGCAUUGAUGAUGUGAUUGAGGGCAAAGUUGAAGAGAUGGGCGGCUCCGAAGUCUUGGAAGAGCUGGACCUUGCUGGAGAAGACAAUUAUGACGCUCCGAGAAAGGACUGGCUCAAUCUGAAAUCUCUGGCCGAAACCCUCACCAUUUAUGACGCUCAGGUUGAGGAGUCUCAGCAAGCGGAAGGAUCACCGUUGGACCUCGACGUUGACUUGUUGGGCAAUACUACGCCGGAAACAAGAAUCUCUCUGGCUUCUCAGGUGCUUUAUGACAAAAUUCCAGAAAUUAAGACUUGGGAGAUCCUGGCCGGAUAUCUCUUGUACGACCAUACCACAAGCACCAAAUCUAAGUCGAGAUCAAAGUCAAAGAGCAAUCCGUCAGAAGAGGCUUUCAAGAAGGCUGUUGCACCUACUGCCGAAGAAGAAAAGAUUCUCCUUGACGUUCUGAGCUCCGCUAUCAAGUCGAGCUUGUUGCUGCUUGCCGACCAUGACAAAGGCAAGAAGCGUGGCCCUCGCUCUGAUGCAGCUGAAGCCCAGGAGGAGCUGGCGCUGGAAUUGGCCACGAAUAUCCCAAAGUUACUGAGCAAGUAUGGUGCAGAGCCUGAGACGGCGGCGAUUGUCCUUCGGCUAGAGCGCUACCUUAAGCUCGAUGCUUUCCAGCGAUUGCGACAAGAUUCGAGCAUAUACGAGAAGCUACUGGACGAGAUUAUUACGCAGUUCAACAGACACGACGAUAAGAUUGUCUUGACUGAGGCCGCGGCCGCUCUGCUGCACGCUCGCCAAUUUGAAGAGUUGGAGGAAAUGGCCGACAGCAAGCUGUCCGUUCUUUGGGAGGUCACGCGCAAUCUGGCACAACAACUAUCUUCUGGCGUCAGCAUUGCAGAUGAAGAGCUUGAUAGCCUAUCAGUGUUGCGACAGACUUACCGAAAACACUUGAUCGUGACCUUUUCAUCUCGAUCUUCUAUCGAUCAGCUCCGUCUAUAUGCCACUGGUAGUCUCUGCGAUUUGCACUUGACAUUUGCAACCAUGCGUCCGGUGAUUAGCAACUUCCGCCCAUCAACUUCUUCUUCUCAAGCCGGCGGCGGCGAAAAGUUCAAAGUCUUGGUGCAGAAUAUCGAAUCCAAUCUCGUCUCUGAGCUCACAUCAAUAUUCGAUGGCGCUGAGAAAAUAUUUGCGAAGAAGGCCAAGAAAGAGAGACUGUUAAACGAACCGGCGGAAGACGAAGACCCAGUUGAUGAUGAGGAGUCGUCUGACGAUGAAGAUGAUGACGAAGGCCUUUCGAAGGAGGAACGGCUUGCCGCUGAGCUCAAGGCUGAAAAGUCUUUGUGCGAACUGACUGCCAAAUACGUUCUUGUUAUAACGGCAAGCUUGAUCGAUCCCAAGGGCAAUGCUGUCAAUAAACUGAAGCGGCGGCUACAGCGCAAUGAGACUAAGCUGGGGCACAACUUCAAAGAGGUUGUCGCUUACCUUGACGAAGAGAAGAUGGCGAAGCGCAAUAAAAAGGCUGCCACCAAAGCGGCGGUGGCACCAGCAGAAAAGCCACAAAAACCAGCCCUCAGCGCUGAAGUUAUUCACGAUGAGGACGAUGACGAUAACAUAUUCGAGGACAACGAACCAGAAGAGGGCUCGAAAGAAGAUCUUCGUCGCAGAGAGUUGAUGGACGAUCCUAUUGAGGACGAUGAGGACAAUGAAGAGCACGAAGACGCUGAAGUGCCAAAUCACGAUGCAGAUGACGACAUUCUUGGAGAUUAA